ACCAGCAGCGUCCAUCAUGAUUUGAAGUUUAACUCACGUUUAACUGUUUACCUGAAAAUAACCAUAAUGUGGAGGUUAAAUAAGGUUCGCCAUAAAGUUGGUCGACAAGGCGACAGCUUGGAGGAGUUCAGGUUAAAGAGGCGGGAGCAGGAGAAAGCACUGAGACAAGCCCGCAGAGACAGACAGCUUGUGAGUAAGAGACUUGUGGUGAAUGAAGAUGAGGAGCAGCCAGAGGUCACCAUGGACACUAACUCAGGAGAACAGGACGUGGUCAGUUUGUACCACAGACUUCAACACAGCGGGCUGGAGAGGGAGGCCCACCUGAAGGCCCUGAGUAAAGCUCUCCGUGACCCAUCGGCACAGCUCGCCUUCAUCAAGCAGGAGAAUAGUAUGCAUCUGUUGGUUGGUCUCCUCACUGGCUCUGAUGCUACGUGCCGUCUGCACGCUGUUCGGUGCCUGCACGAGCUGUCUCACUCUCCCCAUGCCAAUGUGGCGCCAGCCUGUCUGCCCGCCACUCCUUACCUGCUCACCUACCUGUCUGGCCAGAGCACCAAGUUCACUGAGUUGUGUCUCUACACGCUUGGCAAUUUAUGCCCAGACAGCGAUGCUGUAAAAGAGAAGCUCUUGGCACAAGGACUCGUACCAGCGCUGGGCCACUGCAUGGAGAACCAGAGACAUAACCUUGCCGUGGUGGAAGCUGUGGGGUUCACCCUCUCUCAGCUCCUUCAGGCCAAAGAUGCAGCGGAGACAAUAAUCCCGAUGGUGCUGGCCUCAAGUUUACCUCCACACCUGUUAUCAGUCCUGACUCCAGACCCAAACUUCGGCCUGGCACCUGCCAUUGAGUGCGCAUGGUGUCUGCACUACCUCACAUGCAGCUAUGGGGACAACACGGUGCUGUUGGCUCAUGGGGCCCUGUCACAGUGCAGUUCCUUAUUAGUGUCACUAGGAGGUGCUGUGGCCGCAGGAAACAAAGAAGAAGGAAUGGAGCUGUUAAUCUGUCCUCUGCUGAGGUGCGUGGGAAACCUCCUGUCCUCCUGUCCAUUGGAAGACUUGGGUACUCAAGUGGGUGACAUGCGUCUUGUGGUUGCUCUGUGUGCACUUCUUCAGGCGUACCUGCAAAGCCAGCCGGCGUUGGCUAGAGAGAGUGCCUGGGUCCUCAAUAAUCUCACAGCUCACUCCGGUGCUUUCUGCUCUGCUCUGCUGACUCUCAACUUGGUCCCUGGACUGAUCCAGCUCCUCCCUUACUCUCAAGGCAUCAAUACCAUGAUCCUGAGGGUUCUAGCAAAUGUUGCCCACAAGAGAAAGGAGUUCUGUGUCGAGCUGGCCCAUCGAGGAUUGCUGUCCGCUCUCUGUGCCACGCUUAAAAUGGCGAACCAAGAGAUGGUGACCCUGAGUAUGGAUAUUCUGCUCAUGCUGGUAGUUAGUGGUCAACAGGUGGCAGAGGAGUUUGUGCGGCACGGCGGACUCUCACUGUUAGAAGCUAUUCAGUACAACAGUGAAGGAGCGAUUAGACGCAGAGCAACACAUCUACUGGAGCACCACCUGCCGUCCUACUCAUCCUACUGCUCGGCGGACAACAUCCCUCCUGAACCAACCAGAAGACACCAAAGUCCCACCUAAAGGGUACAGUAAGUCACUGAUACCACAAGGACACACCUGAGGGCACAGGACAACUCGUUUACUUCUUGCCACUUGUAUUUUUUGACACCGUCCCACUCCUCCUUCCUGUUUUGAGAUUAACUUGCUUUCUCAAACAAUCAGGCUGAAGUUAAUAGUAUAACGUAAUCGCUCACCACGGCAACCAGAUUGCCAUUCCAGCAUAAGUGUCAAGGUCAACAUCAUUAGCAGGGAUACAAAUAGCAGUCACUCUAACAUAAGUUAUGGGAUGGGGGAUUUUUCUCUACCUCUUUAACCUAAAAAUGACGACCCCAGUGAGAGGAAGUCAUCAGACGAUGUACAUCAAAAUUAAUGGUUCGCAGUUUGGGGGACACUGCCGGUGCCCUAACAGCUUCUCAACCUGAACAGUGCAGCUGGCGAUGUGUGCACCACUUGCACACAUUUCCAGCUGGGAGUUCGCCGACUGACGAGUUCACUACGCCCACAAACUCUCUUAGCUAUUUUGUUAACGUGAUUAAAUCCAUGUAUUUAUUUAGAUGAACAUUUCUGUGACAUCCAACUGUAUAAACAAAAGAAAAACCGCCUUCACAAAGUACAUUUUGCACUUUAAGUUGGAAUCUCUUCUAAUUUCGUUCUUUACCUUUAUUCUGCAAAAGACAUUACUCCUAUUCUGCUGUUUACAUGGCUAAUAAAAAUGAAUAUUCCCCUUUUUCAUCAUCACAUCAAAAUAUGGCAAAGUGUAAUAGCCUCCCUCUUUAAUUCCUUCAAACACAUUCUUGAAAAGGUCUUUGUUUUGAUUUUUGCACCUCUCCCAAAACCUGUUAAUAUCCAAGUCUUUCAUGAUUGUUUAAAGUAGUAGAGUUUCUCCUUGAGACCAAAAAUAUUGGUUUUCUUUUGGGCAUGCAUCUCUUCCACAUCUUUGCAAACUGUUGGCGAGUUGGUUUGUCUACAGCGUAUCGAUGACAACAAAAAGAGCUGACCUUAAACAGACAAGAGGCUGUGUGCUGCAAACUGUAGCAAAACCACCAGUUGAGAUACAUAUUCUGGAUAUUCUAGAGACAUGCAAUUGUUCAGUGAACUAACCCUGUAGUACAAAGCAAGUCCACCGAGCUGAAUGCUAAUUGAUUCCACUGAAAUUGCAAAAGGUAUUUUUCUGGAGGCUAUUUUGCUUGUAUGUAAGAGUGCAUGUAAAAGUGGCAAAUGUGGAUCAGUUUGCUAAUCAGAUGGCGGGGUGUGAUGGUGCACCUUUGCAAGCUUGAAGGAUGACAUACGUAUGACCUGCAGCUUCUACUAUAUUCAUAUGCCAUCUUACAAUUUUAACCUUUUUUGAGCUAUUUGUCAAAACACAGUUUUACAAACAGUGUGGCUUUACAACAUAGUGAGGAAAUAAGAUAAAUAUGAAAUAUCAUUAGAAUGCCAAAAUACACUGGAUUGGAAAGUCAAAUUUUCAAUACCUUUUGAGUAUGGUCUACUGGUAUUUUGAGGUUUACCAUCUUCAGUGUUAUUAUCAAAGAUUUUUUAAUGCAUGUAAAGAUUAAAUAUUUUUUUAACGCCUGAGGCUCAGUACCUGUAGUCUUUCUGUCGGAUGCAUCGUGUGCAUCUCAUCAGGAGACUGAGGUAUUUUUGCUCAUCAGAGUUUCUCCUCUGAAACUGGAGCACCUGCUGUCUGUACAGAGAAGGGGUCAUAUGACUGACUGCAUACAUCAUUCACCUUUCACUUUUGUGUUGAUGCCAGAGUUUAGAAGUACCAUGUGUUUUUGAACCAAUAAUGCAUUGUCAGUGACUGCACAAUUAUGAAAUAUAUUAAAAAUAAAUAAUACAGAUGAACUGAUAAUGAGAAUAAUCUUUAGUUGCUGCUCUUCUGUCCA